CUCCCUCCCCCCCUCCCCACCUGCUUCCCUGCCGCAUUUCUCUCAUGUCUCUUCCCCUCGGCCUCGAGCCACAGGUCCUCUCCAUCAGCCGAUGGCUGGUGGCAUCGGGCGCGGGAGGGGCCCCGUCCGGGGGCCCGGUCCCAUUGCCUACCUCCCUGGUGCUGGUCAAUCAACCGGUCCGAAGUGCCGAGCUCCUCCAAUUGCUUUGGGCACAGGUGUGCCUGGUUGUUUGUGCGGAUGGCGCCGCCAAUCGCCUGUUUGACCACUUUUCUACUUCCCCCGAGGACCAGGCCCGCUUCGUGCCGGACAUCAUCACCGGUGACUUGGACUCCAUCCGAGCCGAGGUCCGGGAUUAUUACGCGACACGGGGCUCCCAUGUGGUGCUCAUGUCCGGGCAGGAUGACACCGAUCUGGAUAAGGCCCUGGUGCAGGCACACAUGCGCCUCGGCUCCCAGGCGGAUGCCAUUGUUCUUGAUUGUCUGGAGGGACGGCUGGAUCACACGAUGCAGACCAUGAACAGCGCCCUGCUCUACGGCAAAGGCCACCAUGCGGGACUGGCUCGAGCCAUGGGACCCACCGGCAGCCCGAUUCCGCCGACCCCGCUGCUGGAGGCCUCGCAGGCGCCCCGGUGUUUGCUUCUUGGCCCGGCCUCCGCGGCCGUGGUUCUGGAGCCGGGGUCUUACAUUCUGGAGUGUGAUGCCGACGUCGAGGGGCCCACCUGCGGGCUGAUUCCCCUUUCCGACAGCCGGCCGGUUGUGUGGAGCCGUGGCCUGGCUUGGGAUUUGGAUGGGGCGGAGCUCUCCUUCGGCGGGCUGAUUAGCUCGUCGAAUGCCUUUUCCCCGGUGCAGCCAACCAUUCACGGCGAUGGGACCGUGACAAUGCCGAGCUCGCGGCGAUCUGCCUGUCAGCGGGCGGUGCUCGAGCAUGAUGCCCCUGCGAAGCACUCGGCGGAUGGCGCCUCGAAGCGCAUUGUCUGCCUGCGUGUCGAGGGGGCCAGUGUCCUCUGGACUGUGGAGUUGCCUCAGCGGGAUUGAGGGCCCGCCUUGUGGCCCCUCUCCUGACACCGAAUCCGCCCUCUUUCCCCCUCGAUUCCCGUGUCUGUUCCAUCUCUCCGGUUCGCAGUUCUCACCAGCAACCGGCUCCUCCGUUAUAGACGUGCUAAUCGGCACACACACACACACACACAC